AUGAAGUACAGGCACUACAAGCCAGAGUUCGUGUGCCGGAUCUGUCGGAGAGGGAUGACCACUCAGGAGAAUCUCGAGCAACAUUUGACCUGGCACGAGACAAGGGAGAAGGUGCUGUGCCCUACCUGCGGCAAGAGGUUCCGUGGCCGGGAUCUGGACUCUCACAUGCGAGUGCACACGGGUGUCAAGCCGUUCCCCUGUCCCGUUUGCGGCAAGUCGUUCAGGAGGCAGACUGCCCAGGAGCAGCACGUUCUCAUACACACGGGAAAAAGGCCGUACGUUUGCGACAUUUGCGGUCAGGCUUUCGCACAGAAACCUGGCCUGAUUUGCCAUAGGAAGCGUCAUCCUGGACCGCUGCCGCCGUUGCCUGUCGUUUCCAUCAAGAACAUCGUCACCGAGUUCACCAAGGAUUCGCCGGCGUUGGAUCCGCUCAAUGGCAGCGACGCGAAUCCUCUCGAGGAACCGUGCACCAUCAAAAUAGAGAACUCGUACACCCUGGCGAAGACAGACCGAAGACGAGCGAGAAGAACGAACCUGAAGAUCCGCGCUGCGACGAUGCCUCGAUGCCUAAAAACGAUCAGGCCCGUCGAGUCCGUCUCGAAGUCUCAGAGGAGAGAAGAGAAGAUUCACCCGAGAAAGACGAGACAGACGGAACUUGCAUUGGAGUGUGACUUUUGCGGGAAGCAGUUCGACAGAAAGUCGUUUCUGGCGUCGCACAUGAAGCAGCACAGACACCGGUGCAAAAGCUGCAGCCAAACGUUCAGGCUGCGAAAAGACUUGAAGGAGCAUUCGGAGCGGGUCCACGGCCCGGUGUUGUACCCGUGCACGAUCUGCGAGUACAAGAGCAACAACAGAUGGACGUUGAAGGACCAUUUCAUCCGGAAGCACACGAGCAGCUUCGACUACUCGUGCGCGGUGUGCGGCAAGCAGUUCAAGAUCAAGAACGACAUGGUGCAGCACGCGAAGCAGAUGCACAGCAACGCGCCGCCGAUCAUCUGCACCGUUUGCGGCCACGCCUGCAAGAGCGUGCCAUCGUUGAAGGCGCACAUGAAAUACAGGCACUACAAGCCCGCGUACGAGUGCAGCCUCUGCAAACGUUGCAUGACGACGCAGACCAACCUCGAGCAGCACUUGCUCUGGCACAAGAGGAAGGAGAAGGUGGUUUGCCCGACCUGCGGCAAGACAUUCGGCCAGAAGAGAGACUUGGACCUCCAUUUGAGGAUCCACGAAGGCAUCAGGCCGUUCUCAUGCCCCGUUUGCGGCAAAAAGUUCCCGAGAAGGACCGCCCAGGAGCAACACAUCCUGAUACACACCGGCCAGAGACCGUACACCUGUGAUAUCUGCGGGCAGAAGUUCGCCCAGAAGCCGGGACUAAUUUGUCACAGGAAGCGGCAUCCCGGCCCUCUACCGCCGCUUCCCGUCAUCUCCAUCAGGAAGAUCAUCGCCGAUUUCACUCAGGGACUGAACGAUCCCGCCGUCGACAAGAAGGAGAACUGA